AUGGUUGAUUUCACUAACACACCUCCAGCCCCACCAACCCCUAUUCCAUUGUUCAAAGGUGACGGCUAUGAACAGUGGAGUAUCCAUAUGAAAACCAUCUUGAAGUCCAGAGACCUUUGGGAUCUCUUUGAAACCGGAGUAAAUGAAGCUGAACCAGAUCUAGCAAAAUUGAAGACCGCCAAAAGGAAGGAUGCUUAUUCCAUGGCAGUGAUCCAGCAAGGUGUUCAUGACACACUAUUCUCUCGAAUUGUAGCAGCAGUAUCAGCAAAAGAAUGCUGGACUAUUUUACAAAUGGAGUACGAAGGAGACUCACAAGUAAAGUCAGUGAAAUUGCAGGGCUUACGGAGAGAUUUUGAGAAUCUCUUGAUGAAAGAUGACGAGUUGAUUGGAGAUUACUUCUCACGUGUGAUGGCUAUUGUUAGCCAACAACGUGCUUUUGGUAAAAUCAUUGCAGACAAGACAAUCGUGGCCAAGAUUUUGAGGAGUCUUUCCCCAAAAUUUGAUUAUGUCGAGCCUUCGAUCGAAGUUUCAACCGCUCUUUCUGUUCUCACACCCACCAAAUUGAUGGGAUCUCUUCAGUCACAAGAAGACUGA